AGACAGUUCUUAAUGACUGAUAUUGAUAUAUGGUAAUUCCUUAACCGGAUCACAUGACACAAUUACCUCGAGAAUCGAUAAAGAUGAAUUGCACGUCAGCCUACGUUUCCGAUUUUUUCUCCCUCGCGGGUCCUUUCCACGCGCCUAUGGUGCAAUAGAUAGACAAAGUUUAACACACUCAAGCUGCCAAUUCUAUUUCGCUAUAGCAAAAGGGUGAAGGGGAGAGAUGGCGGAGUACGAUGAGCGUGGCAACUGUGCGUCAAAUAUGUAUUUACCGAGUUGUACAUAUUACGUUUCGGCGCCUGAUUUUUCUUCAGUCUCCUCGUUUUUACCCCAGACUACUUCGUGUCAAAUAAAUUUUCCUUAUUCUUCCAACAUAGCUCAAGUCCAACCUGUUCGGGAAGUGUCUUUCAGAGACUAUGGACUGGAUCACUCAAACAAAUGGCAUUACAGGGGCAAUUACGCUUCUUACUACUCAACGGACGAGAUAAUGCACCGAGACUUAAUCCAGUCGUCGAACAGGGCGGAAAUGAUAUUCAAAAAUGAUUCCUUGUACGGCCAUCACGGCGGUACGAGCUCGCCAUGCAAUUUCUUCACAAAUGUCGGCCGAAAUGGGGUUCUUCCACAAGGGUUCGAUCAGUUCUUAGAGACUGUUAACUCUGAGAAGCCCAACCCUGACGACUCAAAACAAAAGACACACUCCAGUCUCCCCGGAGAUGCUGCGUGUAAUAAACAGACUUCAGAUAGGCCUACAUCUGAGGAGUCUAUACGAGACCCAACUGAGGACAUAGACGAAGAUGAUUAUUCGAUAUCAAACUGCGCUGGGGACAAGAACAACGGCCCAAGUUCUUCAAAGUCCAGAAAAAAGAGAUGCCCCUACUCCAAAUACCAGAUCCGAGAACUUGAACGAGAAUUCUUUUUCAAUGUGUACAUAAACAAGGAGAAGCGGCUCCAGUUGUCAAGGAUGUUAAACCUGACAGAUCGACAGGUGAAGAUUUGGUUCCAGAACAGAAGAAUGAAAGAGAAAAAGCUCAACCGGGACCGGCUUCAGUAUUUCACUGGGAAUCCCUUAUUCUGAACCCUACGCAUUUGGAGUCAAUAGUUGCUAAAUGCUUCACAACAGAUUGAAUAAAGAGUUUUUUGGGGGA